AUGUCAAAUCAUUUUUUUUAUCGUUCUACACUUUCAACGACAGCAAUUCGUGGCUUUUUGGCUCGUUCUGAUAAAAAAUCUAAAGGAUCUCCACCACCAGGAAUGCCUGGUUCACAAAAUACUAAUAUUACCGAUACACGAUAUCAAAUAAUUAAAAGAAUUCUUUACGAAACACCUAAGCCUGAACUUCCCAAAAUGACAGAACAAGAUCUCGAAAGACAUCAAACCAUCGAUCGAGCAUGGAAAUUAUUCUUACGUAAUCAACAAGAGAAAAGGGAAAAUGAAUUAGCAGCCAAGUAUCGAAUGUUAAAUGAAGCGAAUAUUGAACUUGAAAAAUUAGGUCCUAGAUUAUUUAAUAGUGCACAAAUGGGAAAUAAAAUUAUGUUUCCUAGGCAAAUGAAAAUUCCUACAGAAACUCCUCCAUUAAAUGGAUGGAAUUAUGAUUAUAAACCUCCCUCAAAUCCUAAAGAAUCUUCAUAA